UCCUCCUCCAGGGAGGUUCCUUUAAAUGAGAGCCAGCUGGCUGGGCCUCCGUUUUACUCCUGAGCAAUACCUGUAAUUGAGGAUUCCUCCCCAGGAGGCAGCAGCUUGUCAGCAUGGCUCAGGAGUUUGUGAACAGCAAAAUCCAGCCUGGGAAAGUGGUGGUGUUCAUCAAGCCCACCUGCCCCUACUGCAGACAGACCCAAGAAAUCCUCAGUCAAUUUUCCUUCAAACAAGGGAUGUUGGAAUUUGUCGAUAUCACAGCCACCGGUGACACUGAAAAGAUUCAAGAUUAUUUGAAACAGCUCACAGGAGCCAGAACGGUACCUCGGGUCUUUAUCGGUAAAGAUUGCAUAGGUGGAUGUACUGAUCUAAUAAAUAUGCAUCAGAGUGGGGAACUGUUGAUUCGGCUAAAGCAAAUUGGAGCUCUACAGUAAUUACAGAGUUGACCCCAGGCUGAUAUUUCCCUUGAGAGUUGGAUGGCAUUGCACACGAUGGCAGCACUUCCUAGUGGAUGGAUCUGGGGCCACCUUUACUCAGCUACAGCAACUGAAAUUCUGAAAUAUGUAAACCAAAAAAUGGCAGGAGGGGAAUUUUUGGCAAAAGCAGGCUUUUCUUCCUUUGACUCAGUAUUAAAAGGGACCCACUUUCCCCAAACCACAGGUCUGAGGAGGUUGAUGAACGUCUUGGGUUUCUUCUGGAUUGGCCCCUGAGUUCCAAAAGACCAUGACAAAUUAUGGCUUAAGGUCACUUGCUGACCCCAAAAGUUCUUUCUCUUUGGUAUGUGGUUACCAACUGUUCUUCAUCUCCUAGGACUCCUUUCCCUCUAUGCCAGUGUUUCUCAACCAAGUUCAUCCUAGGAUGAAGCUAUAGUCGGUUUUCUGCUACUGCCUGAAAUUAUUUUGUGCAGUUUGACCUUAUAAGAAUUUGUAUUAUGAAAUCAGUAGGUAUUUUGAAUGUGCUUUUUCAAACUACAUGUGUCUCCUCAGGCACCACCCCACUUCCUAUCUUGAGAAUCACUGCCCUGAACCAGCGUUCUUAACCUUGAAAACUCACAGAUCUAACAGGAAAUGUUCAACAAUUCUGCGAAAGGUCUAAGGACCGAAUUUGAGAAAUGCCACGUGAAAAGUUAAGCACAGUGGGUCUUCUCUUGGUGCUACAAGGAUCAGAGGUACAAGGGCAGAUGCCGCGAUCAUGUGGCAACACGCUGUUGUCAGGUGAUCAUCCAAGUAUGCCUGAACAAGCGUGCAUCAAUAUGUUUAGAUUACGAACAAAAGUAAAUUGUAAAAUUUAAAACAUUACCAUAGGAAACGAGAAAACCCUCCUCCAAGAGUGUCUGAAAGUAGCCACAUUUGAGAAACACUGUCCUAAAUAAUUUUCUCUUUUUUUCCCCCACUCUCUGAAUACUUAAGAAUCUCUCAUUGUGAAGUUCGUUCUACAAUUGCAAGAUUAAUUUCCUUUGCAGUCUCGAAUGUGAAAGGUUAAUUUCUUUUCUAAUAAAGAAGUAUUCAUAGAUGACACAGUGAUUUUUGUCUAAUUCUUUUCUAUGUUCUCAAGACCUUAAGGAAUGAUAUUAAUGUGAGAUACAUCAAUUUGAAGCUUUAUUCAUGUCUGUCAUCUGCCAUUAUAAAUAAAGGCACAUGCUAUCAUCCUUCAUUGA